CUUUGUGAAAAGGAUUUCCUACCGAGACCCCAAAGAAACCCCGACCACCGAGUAACCGGCAAAACCUGUAAACCUCGAGUAAAACUUCAACGGAGCCCCGACCACGACCAAAUCCCUCGGCGACUAAGAUGGAGAUAGAUCCCCCGGAACAAGCUCAGCUCCCGCAGAUCAAAGACAAAGACCUCUUCAAAUCCGCCGAGACCGGCGAUUGUUCAAUACUCCACUCGCUCUCGCCCCUGCAACUCUCCAAAGCUCUAUCGCUUCGAAACGAUGACGGCCGCUCCCUGCUCCAUGUAGCCUCCUCGUCCGGCCACACUGAGGUGGUUAAGCUUUUGUCCGAAGUUGAAGCAUCCAGCGGUGUGGUGAACAGCAAGGACGAUGAAGGUUGGGCGCCGAUACACUCCGCCGCUAGCAUUGGGAGUGUGCCGAUUGUGGAGAUUUUGCUGAGCAAAGGCGCUGAUGUCAACUUGAAAAAUGAUGGGGGACGCACAGCUCUUCACUAUGCUGCGAGCAAGGGUUGGUUGGAGAUUGCUGAACUUUUGAUUUCACAUGGUGCAAAGAUCAACUCCAAGGACAAGGCUUGUAGGAUGUACACCAUUGCAUCGAGCAGCGAGUACAGGGAGGGCCGAGUUGUGUGAACUCUUAGUCGAGGAAGGAGCAGAGGUAGAUGCUGUUGACGGAGUUGGUCAAACCCCUCUUAUGAACGCAGUGAUUUGUGAGAACAAAGAGGUGGCUUUUCUACUCAUAAGACAUGGAGCAGAUGUGGAUGUGGAGGACAAAGAAGGAUACACAGUGCUUGGCCGAGCUUCUCGUGAUUUUAGGCCGACCCUCAUCGAUGCUGCCAAAGUCAUGCUUGAAGGAUGAUUCUUUGGUCAUUGGAGUAACUUAGAUUUGGAACUGAGAUCCUGGUGAGGUCAGCGCUAAUGGUGACACCAAUGUUCGUGCUGCUUGUUUUGGGGUUGUGAUUAACAGUUUUUUCCCAUUCUACUUGUGACAUCACUUCCCCCCUUAAAAGAUGGCAGUUAGACAUCAAACCUUUGCCCCUCGAGUCACUGACUCUUUGGUACUUGAUGAAUAUAAUUGGGUCCUUUUUCAUAUUUUACAUGCUAUAUGUUCAACCAACCGAAUGG